AUGACCCUGGGCUUCAUAGGAGCGGGCCAGGUGGCUCACGCACUGGUGCGAGGCUUCACGGCGGCGGGUGUAAUUGCAGCUCAAAGAAUCACAGCCAGCUCCCCAGACACAGAUCUCAAGAAAUUAAGGGUUUCACGACGAGCAACAGAGACAGUGAACAAGAGUGACGUCCUCUUCCUAGCUGUUAAGCCCCACAUCAUUGCCUUUGUGCUGGACGAGAUUGGACCGAACAUCGAAGAGCGCCAUCUUAUCGUGUCCUGUGCUGCAGGUGUCACCGUCAGCUCCAAUAGGCAGAAUCUGCUCCAGUAUCGCGCUGCCCCCAAGGUAAUACGUUGCAUGACCAACACUCCCGUGGUUGUGCGUGAAGGGGCUACUGUGUACGUCACGGGCACCCAUGCCGAGGUGGAGGACGGAAAGCUACUGGAGCAGCUGAUAGCCAGCGUGGCAUACUGCACUGAGGUGGAGGAGGACCUCAUUGAUGCCGUUACAGGCCUGUGUGGAAGCGGACCUGCUUACGACGCCGCUCGGAUGGUAUUAGACUCGGAGCAACACCCCGGGCAGCUCAAGGACAACCUUUGCUGGCCGGUGGGCGCCAUCAUCCAUGCCUUCCACGUCAUGAAGCGCGGCGGCUUCCGCAGCCUCCUCAUCAACGCCUUCGAGGCCUCUUGCGUUUGGACAAGGGAACUUCAAUCGUUGGCAGGCCAGGAGAGGAUCUCCCCGGCUGCCAUCAAGAAGACGACCCUGGACAAAGUGACGCAGCAGCCAUGGGGGACCGUGAAGGCCGUGGGCGUACGAUCACACGGGAUCAGCAUCUUCAACAACUGCAACAAUCGGAAAACAAAGAAUAAUUGAUCAAGAACUAAGACACUAUUAUUUAGCUAACCAAUUACAAUACCUCAUCAAAUGGUUACACCACAGUGAGGAGUGUGAUUCUUGGCUAGAAUAGGAACAAACAGAC